AUGGACUUCUGGAUAUACGAGGAUCGGAAAUCAAACGAGUGUGUUUCGAAUGAAGGCGCGAAUGUCAAGCGGAUUUAUAAGUCCGUGAUUUUGACCAGCAUGGUGGUAGUAUUCGGCUUCUUUAUUACCAUGGUCAUCAUGUCCGUCGGUACUGCUUUUGGUGCUGACGGCGCUAUUCUAAGGGAAACAGGGUUAUUAUUUAUAACGUCUGCAACGGCAGUGAACUUUUUUGUCUACUACACAACCAGCUCACAAUAUCGUCAAGCAUUCGACGAGUUUCUUGGCAUUGGUUGUCUCAAAAGGAUCAGUUGCUCCUUAAAACAUCACUUUAUCUUCAAGCAGUCUAAACGCGGCACAAAC